AGCUAGCUAUAUUCGCUAGAUGCAUCACUUCGCCGUUAUGUGCGGGGAGAUCUAUCCCCAAAGCUGAGUGGCACUAUAUCCAGCAAAUGUUAAAGUAUUGUAUUAUGAUAGCCACCAGCCAUCCACCCAUUGUUUCACAAUAAGCUAACGUUGCCAUAUCAUUUACAAAUUAACUUGUCAUGUCAGAUCCAGAGCAGAGCAUUAGCUAGCUGCAGUUUGUGGUACGCGGCUAACUAUCUAAUUUUGGCGUAGCACAUCGCGGACUGGCUACAUUUGAUAACCAGAACAGCACUUAUCCUGUUUACUAAGUGAACGUGUCAUGUAUGGUUCAUGUAAUAACUAGCGAAGUAGCUAACUGUUCUUGUAGUGGCACGAUCAUCCUUCACAUUUGGCUGAGUGAAGACACACACAUGUAGGUAAUCCAGGACUAAUAGCUCUCGCCUGUCAACUGUCAUUCCAGUUCCGUUGCUAUGGAGCAACCACCGGGGGACUUUGAUUUACAGCCCCAAGACCUCUCCUCCACCCGUAGCCUCCCUGCUGCCAUAGACCUGACCACGAAAGGUGAGGUUUGCCUCGUAAAAGCCAACUCCAUGGAGGCCCUGCAGGUGGUCAAGCCUCCAAGCUGGUACCCAGGCUCUGGGAGCAGCAAGGGACUCUCCUUCCCAGAAACUGACCCCAACCACAAGCUUCAACCAGGAGACCAGAUCCAGCCGAACGAUGCCUUCUCCAACACUACAGUCACCCUCUCUUAUGUAAGCAGGUCUCAUAUAUUUUCCACUCAUGACUCUCUCUCUCACCAUUCCUCUCUCUACGGCCUACCGUCAAUCAGCAAGUUCUCAACAAUGGAUGGCUACCUGCAGCAGAUGGACAGGCCUCUGGGCUUAGCGCCCCAGUCUGAAAUGUUUGACUCUAUGCCUCCAGCCCAGGUGAUGGCUGAGAAUGUGGCAGGGGUGUGUCUGAUGCAGCAGUGUCAUGAAAUCAACAGCAGUCGAGUUGACAGUAAUGGAAGCGUGGAGAAAUACAAUCCUCAUCAGAGAGCGAGUUCAAUCGAACACAGUCUUUCUCAGGACACAGACGACAAUGCAGGACUGCAGAAUGGCAGGAGUAGCAGCAGCAGCAGCUGGUCUAAUUCUGCAAUAUGUAUUGAUUCCUCUCCAGAGCCUCUCAUUACAGACAUGGUGGAGGAAGGACAGAGGGCUGACUCAGAGGUUCUCCUUUUCAUCUCAUCUAGAACGGAGGAGCCUGUCCUCAUCCAGGACAGCAUGAGUCCCAGGGACCUGUGUUCUCAUAGUAGGGAGUAUAUCAGUCCUCUGGGGGACACGGUCUCUCCCUCCAUCUUACUGGAUGACGUACAGAAUGUGUUCAUUCUGCCUCAGGCCUCCUGCUCACCCAGCUUUGAAAAUGAUGGUGAUAAUGCACCAAUGUUAGAUACCAGCAAGGACUACCAGCAGCCAGGACAUAAACCCAAGGCAGAUUCAGAGCCUAUUGUUGACUUGACAGAAGACAAGAGCACUCUCCCAGAGGUUUUAGAAAAGAAACCAAAUGAGACUACUGCUUCUCACUUGAAUGGUAAUGCAAAGGCAGAGCAGAGGACUUUUGAGAGGAAACAACUUCCCCCUCGCUCUGGCAGGGGAACAAGGUUAGAGGCCAUAGUGAUGAACAUAAACCCUAACUGGUAUAAAGUAUCCACUAAGAAGCCCAAGGCCUCAAAGACCCAAACCCAGCCUCUGACAAAUCCCCAGACUCAGAGCAGUCCAUCUAAAGCUGAUGUUAGUCCUAACAAACAGACCUCAUCUGUAGGGAAGAAGAAAGUCCAGAAUAAAGCAGCAUCUAGCUCAGAGGGAGAGACUAAAGUAAAGGCAGCCGCAACGAAGGGCCGUCUGGAUAGCAUUAACAGGAACACAGACAGUUGUAAAGAGUCUACGUCAGAUUCUGAACACGCCUGUUUUUCCAAAUUUCCACACAACCACAGUACAUCUCCAAAAACCUCCAGCCCACCCUUUGCAGAUCCCGAGCCCUCUGAGGUGGAUGUACUGACUGUAUCACCGCCACUUAAAACAUCUCCAAAAAGCCCUGGGAAGCAUAAAGUGAAGACUGCAUGCAGGGAAGCAUCUUCUCCCACAGCUAAAACAGGGAAGGUGACCCCUGCUCCCAAGAAGAAACGGAAGAAACCCAGACUGGGAAAGUUUUCCGCUAUGUUCUCCCCUCAGGAGCCUGAGAUAAAACUGAAAUAUGUCAACUACAAGGAGGAGAAGAGGGAUAUGAGGAGGGACACUUUCUCUCCUUUCAUCCACAUGGGCCUUAAACCCUCCUCCAACUCCCCUGCCAACUGUACUGUCAUCAACUACCCUGAGGAGGAGAAGCCCAGGCAGAAGAAGGGUCAGGGGCAACAGCAGGCUGAAGGCUCAGGGUCUGGGGGUUUCAUCCCUGGGGCUGUACCCUCCACCUCCUGCCUCCAGCUGGGCCGCAUCUCCACCCAUAGCCAAUACCACAGCUCCCUGGUCUGCUGCCUCUGUAGAGGCUCGGCUAACGCCAUGGACCUGGGGGACCUCCACGGGCCCUACUACCCAGAGGGAAACAGACCCAGCGCUAAACCCCCUACUAGGACCCCAGGCCUCAAAGAAGAGGAUUUCAGUGACUCUGACUCAUCCUGCAGCAUGAGAGGCCGGGGCAGAAAGUGUGCUCGGCCCCCGGGGGUCCCCUGGCCCCACAAACCAGGUCCACGGUUGAACCAAGAGGGCCUGCUGGGGAGGUGGGCUAGCAACAGUGACCCUUCAGGCAGCCCUGCAGCAAAGAGGGCCAGGAUUGAGAAUGGGGCUGGGGUUACAUCUGAGGCUGCAGUAGAGGACUGGUACAGCCCCCCUGUGGUGCCUCUAGACCAGUGUGAGUACUGGCUCCACGAGGACUGUAGCAUCUGGUCUGCAGGUGUGUUCCUGGUGAAAGGGAGGGUCUACGGUCUGGAAGAGGCGCUCAAGGUGGGUCAGGAGACGUGUUUUCAGACAUGUUCUCACUGCCAUAACCCGGGUGCCAUGUUGGGCUGCUUCUUCAAAGGAUGCCUCAACAAGUAUCACUACAGGUGUUCUCUACAGUCAGACUGUGUCCUCAAUGAAGAGAACUUCUCCAUGAAAUGCACCAAGCACAAGAACAAGUCAUUCAAAGGCCCUCCUGGGAACAGAAGAGAUGACAGGUGACACAACCAGGACACAUGGGUGUUCCACAGGGUUUCUCCUAUGAGCCCGGUAACCAUGGUGACACUGGAACGCUGUCCUCUGAUUUGAAAGCUGGCUUGCUACUCCUGCUACUUGUUCUGUUGCCUUCAAGUGAUACACUGCGCUGCACAGACUAUGCAGAAGACCACGGCUGUCCUAAUGUCCUGUUACCUCUGUCCUUCUCAUGGGACUGGACAGGUUACGGAGGCUGCUAGAUGGGCCAAUGACUGAACAGAGGAGUCACCUCUUGGCCCAAAGCCAAGGUUACCAUCAGAAGAGAGAUGUGUUCACCUCGCUUACAGUGGCGUGCUAAACACGUGCUAUUGCGUUGUAAUUAUUUAUUAGGAAAAAGGAUUCUCCCCUUUUUUUAUUUGAGAUGUUGACAAUAAAAUUGGAGAUAUUUAAUUUUGUAAGAUUUGUAAGUAUGUGAUUUAUAUAUUGCCUAUUUAUUUUUUUGGGAAUCUUGUUGCUUUUGUUUUUACUUUGCAAUUGACCUGGAGGUGUUUGUUAUUGAAGGCCGGUUGGGUCGUGUUAUUUGACGGGUCAAAUAGGGUUAUUUAACCUGUGUGUUUUUGACAUGCAACGACCCGAACAGACUUCCAUAGUUUGUGUCUUAAGUUAUUAGUAAGAACCAAUGCUAAAGAUUCCACUUGGUAGAGGAAAUGAUGGUCGCAUAGGGGUCGUGUGGAGACAGUGCAGAAUGGUCUCGUAUUUAGAUCAACCACGAGUUUCUCUACAGAACCAUUUCUGAUUACAAUACAGGUACUUGAUAAUAUCUUUUCAUAAAGACCAUACUUUGCUACGAGACUGACAGGUUUAUUCUUAUGUGAUGAAAACCAUACCAGUUUUAGUUCUGAUUUACAGUGGGCGGAAGUAGGCAAGGUGUACAUUUCAACUGAUUUUACUUGCACUAUGUUUUGUCAGCACAUUUGUAUAGUGGAUAUGAAGAAUUGAGGGAACUGUAGCUUGUGUGUAUUGUUCAUUCAUCCUGUGACUGUACUUCCUCUAAAGAGGAUGGAAGUCGCUGAAAGCACUUUGGAGUGGCACUUGCCAUGGCUGCAGUAUGAUCUCCAAAGCAGACUCACCCUGGCCUGUAGCAUCUAAUUCAGGCACUGCCCCACAUAGUUGUUGGUAUCGUCAGUAGAGAGAACUUGUUCAUCUGUUUUCAUUCCAUUGACACCAUUCCUGUAUUUAUCUCACAGCUGUCUGGGACUGAAGUGAUUGGUCCACACCUUCAUUACCGGUCAUCUGAUCUGCUUUCCUCUUCUGAUUUUUUUUUUUUACUGAGACACAAUUGAUUUAUUUCUCUUCUAGAAUUACAUUUCCAAUGAGAAUGCAAGCCAAUACUCACAAUACUUUACACAUGCAUUAUUUGUUUGAACAAGGGCACAUGCUAGGACCAUUCAACCGUCACAUGAUGUAAACUGACUUGAUUUUAGAUUACCCCUGUCUGUAGAAUUCCAACAAGUAUAGGCAGAAGCGCUACAGUCAGUCUGUAGUUUCUAACCAUCGACCACAUUUUGGGCUUUACAUCAACCUUUACCAAGUCGCUGUUGAUUUGGUCAGAAUGGUCAUCUUCAACCUUCUCCAUUCACCUGUUUGUCUGAAGUCGAACCCUGAGCUGAACUCUCCUAAAGCCUUAUCACUGCUACUAGACCUCUAGAUUGUCCUACUCAUUUUCACCGACUUUGUUGCAAAGACAAAUCAGUGUGUGUCCAGUACAUUGCCUUUCUGUUGGACAUCCACACCACUAACCAGGGCAGCUCGAAUGUAAACCAAGCAGGUCUGAUAGACUGUACAUUUAGAGAUGUCACCGUGGUUGGUUAAUGUCGGUUGUGCUGCCUGGUGGUUAGUUUCUGUGUGUACUUUUCCGUAGUGAAGUAGUAGACGCAGUGCUGUUCUGAGACCUGUGAAGUCUGUACAGGGAGAGCGAACCGUGGUGACGGUGAAUGUUACAGCAGGCCGCUCCCCGGGAGAGGAUUCCUCACAGCAGGAGACACACGUGUGUGUGUGUGUCUGCACCAAUAUCCACAUUAGUAUAGCACCUAGAAUGAAGCAAUGUAUUGGGCAUGCAUUCUAAGUGGUAUGGCUAUUGGAAUGUAGCUAGCUACACAUAAAAACCUCUUCUUACCUCCAUAUCUGGUUAUAUUGUGCCAUCUGUCGUUUUUGUUUAUUUUUUGUAUGUAUUGCAGUGAACCUGAAUUUAUCAUACUUUGCAAAAUGAGCGCCAAACGCUCUGCUGUUCCUUAUUGUCACAGUUGCUUUAUUUAAUCAAACUUAUGCAUUGUACCAGAUGGGGCAUUUGGAUUGUUAUUUUCAUGGUUGUAUAAAUGGGUUUGGUUUGUAAUAUUGUUUUCAUGUCUAAAUCUCAGGGCUGGGUCUCAAUUAUUCAAAUGAUUUGUGUUUUUGAUUUGACCUAAGAAAUGUUAUCACACAUUGACUGGAGCAAUGCUAACAGUAGCAGGAUAUUGAUCAUCACAGCAGAGGUGAUGUGUUGGCCACUAUAACCUUUUCUUUACAGUCUACUGGUUAAACCUGUUCUUGAUACAUUUAGUUGUCAGUUGUGUUAUGGGUAACGUUUGACAAGGCUGCCAGUGUCACUUCUCUUUCCCUCUUUAUUUGAAGGUGAUUUUACAGGUGUUAUUUUGUACUGUGUGGGUUUACCCCUGGCUAACAGAGCUAGAUGUAACUGUGUGGGUUUACCCCUGGCUAACAGAGCUAGAUGUAACUGUGUGUCCCUUUACCCCUGGCUAACAGAGCUAGAUGUAACUGUAAAAUAAACAUUUUGUUGCACCCCC